AUGACGAGACAGUUCUGUUUAGCCUUGUGUUUUGUUGCUCUUUUCAUCGUUUCGCCAUCUAGCGCCUGUGGUGGUGGCUCCUUUGGUGGCUGGGGAAUGGGAAUGGGAUUCGGCGGUGGUGGGUGUGGAGGAGGAUAUGAACUUUUUGGAGGCUUCGGUGGUAUGGGAGGUGGUUUCGGAGGUGGAUUUGGGGGAUUCGGUGGUGGUUACGGUGGAUAUGGACUUGGCUAUGGCGGAGGAGUUUUCCCCGGAUACGGUCUCGGCAUGGGUUGUGUUGGCUUUGGUGGUUGUUAUGGAAAAAAGAAA